AUGUCUGGGUCCAUUCAGCCAAUCAGUACUGAGUUCGCACCACGUAAAGAGAAUGGUGAUGAAGGAGAGGCUCAAAUUCCUGCAGUUCUUGAGAAUCAGCAACCAACAACUACGACAACAACGAGUGCCGAUAGUCAAUUACUUCAAGCUUCUUCUCCAAUAGUUAUUGGAGGCAACGCAACGACAACGAACACUUCUUCUGAUGUUGAAAAUGAAGACUUUUAUGAACUGGUCACUGAUCUCAACCGUCAAAUUGGAGUGUUGAAAUCCAAGAGAAGUAUUUUCAAAUAUUUGUUGUUUUCAUGUUUUGGCUUAUUCGUUGCAUUGAGCACUGUCUACUUUUUAGUUGGUUUGUGUGUCUAUUUUCUAGUCGAUUUUGGAAAUGUUACCCAAGGACCUCUCUCUUGUCUAUUACUCGAUAAGGAUUGCUAUACGAGACAAGGAAUCGUUGUCUGUAGAGCCAGAGUCAUCUAUUCAUUCAGAGAAUUCCUCACCAUCGAUGAGUAUCCAAGUAAUAGUCCAAUAUGGCCAUCGCAACUCAGAUCUCAAAUGACUUGUUACAAAAAUCAAAAAACAACUCAAAUUGCCCUUCGCCCCCAAAUCGUUUACAAUCCGUCUGGAAUUCUCAUUUCGUCAUGUGUAUUGUUUGCAGUGGCUGGAAUAAGUCUUGGAAUAGUGUUGUCAGUCUUCUCUGCUCUCAAAGCAUCUUCAAAAAAGAAACGUAAAGUUAAAUUCUAUCAACAACAAGCAUCGGAUUGGGUGAAACACACAUCAAAUGAAGCAGGGGCUGAGAACCAGGACGAAACAAAACCAAUUUUGACUGUCACUGCCCACUACAGUGCCACCACUAAUCAAUAA